UUUGUGAAUAUUUCUCUUUUCUUCUUUACAGAUGAAGCUGAGACGGACGAGUUGACCCGUGUGGGACGGCUCGACAGAGCUUAGAAACAGUUUAUCAGUGAAAAAAAAAAAAGAAAUGCGGGUUGUGGUUAGGACCUAAAGCGCAAGAUGGCAGUAGUGAAUAGGAAAGGGCUUGUGAUUGCCAUGGUGGUGCUUUGGAACGUCGUUACCGGGAUCCACCUGGAAAACGACAUCGAAAAGUACAUGGGGGACCUGGAGCUGGAGGAAGGGGACCUGAGUCACUUCCAGGGCGUGGACAGUGUGGAGCGUCGACGGAAGGCGAGGGCCAUCGACGAGGACCGGCCCGAGAACACGUGGUUGAAUCACGGGGAAGGGGGACUGAGGCGGAUGUGGGGGAUCCCGGACGCGAGUGUGGGGCUGGGCCAGUUCUUCUCUUAUCCCAUUCCUCAGGAUGCCUUCGCGGGGGAUGUCUCGCGAUUUUCGGUUGAAGGUCACCAUGGCUUGCCGAUGCCGUCGUGGCUCUAUUUCGACCCUGAACACAAGAGGUUCGAGGGAGUCCCUACCGAGAGGGACCUGGGUCAUCAUUACAUAUCCGUCACGGCCCACGGGGUCUCGGUCUCAGGGGAGUCAUCCGUCAAGGCCAAAGACGUGUUCGCGGUGAAUGUGGUCAGGCGGCGAGGUCAAGCGGGGUCGUGCCCCGUGUCGGAGGAUGAUCUUACCAUGUUCUCUCUGGUCGUGGAUGCGGAUCUCAACAGUCUUGCCCCGUCUGAGAGGGUCAAGGUCCUUACCAAUAUUGCCCAGUACCUUGGAAUUCAACAGAAUGAGGUGUGGUUGAUCUCUGAGCCCGAAGACCCACUGGAGGAGAACUCUGCAUUAUCAGCUGGUCCAGGCAAUGCAUUAAGAAAACGCUAUGAACAUCCCACCUGGAUCCAGUGGAAGGUUGGUUGCAAAGGAAUGGUUUCCCCGGAGGCCAAGUCCGUGGUUCAACGACUGGAGGAAGAGGCUGCAGAUGGCACGAUGGCUGAGGUCACAGGUUAUCCCAUUGUUGGGUGGCAUGUUACGGAAGUCAGCCCCAAGUCCAUGCGCAUCAGGAGACAGGCCUUUGGUUCAGGAGAAUUCCUGUCAUCUGGACACAUUGAUGAUGAGGACUACUACUUGAGAGAAGACCACGAAGAGGGGUCGGGAGUAGAACCGUCAGGACGGGUUGUGCCCACCAUGGCAUCGCCUAUAUUCCCUGAAGCCACCGUCUACCACUCGGCUCCCAAUCUGAGUCCAUCUCUGGAAUCUUCUAAGAUUACAGCUUCUAUAGAGGAGGAUGAGGAUGAUUUCUUUCUCACACCAUUGGAAACAACCAGCCCUGUCUAUCCUCGUGUUCCAUUUACCACACCCAUUCCUCCAACAUCAACUAAAGUGAUCCCAGAGGUCACAGCCUCAUCAGCAAGUACACCAGGCUCAGGUAGCAUCCUGCCUACUGAUGAGACAGAAGUGGAGUAUGGAACCAAGAACUGGGCCCCUUCAGUAUCUGAACGAAUGGGCAAGCAAGCCCUAUUUGCAGGCAAACUCUAUCGGAAGAAGAUUCCAGAAUCGCUUUUUGUGGACUUUGAGGAUGGGAACACACGUGACCUUCGACUUGUGUUCAAGGACAAUGAGGGGAAAUCUAUGGGCAAGAAUUCUUGGAUCCAAUUUGAUACUGUUAAGCAGGAGAUCUAUGCCUUGCCAAUGGAAGACAAUGUUGGGAGCUACAACUUUUUUCUUGAGGCAAUUGACAGUGAGGGAGCUGCUGCAAAGGAGCAGAUCGUCAUCGUUGUCCGGCAACAUUCCUAUGCUCGCAUUAUUAAUCACCAGUUCACUCUUCAGAUGGAGAUGGAGAAAAAGUACGAGUCAGAGUUUGCAUCAAAACUGGACUGGCAGGCAGCUAUCAUAGAGCGGUUGGCCCAACACUUGGACAAUGGGGACACAGAUGAUAUUGCAGUCCUCCAUUUCUCUGAUCCACCCCAUAUUUCCUUCCAAUGGAAGAAUGAUUCCCUUUCCUCUCACACUUACCAAAUCAGGGCACGUGUUGGGGAGCUUCUUCGCUACACUGUCCCAUAUGACACAUUUUAUGACACAGAGGAUGGGCACAGCCGAUACAUGCAGCUGACCUUGAAGACCAAUGACUAUCAGCCUAUCCCUGAAGAUUCUUGGCUUCAGUUUGAUGUCAAAAAUCGGGAAUUCUAUGGCCUGCCCAUGCAAAAUGACAUUGGUCGGAAGGAGUACACACUUGUUUGCACAGAUCAAGAUGGGUUGUCAGUGAAUGAUGCUCUGGUAGUGCUGGUGGCUGACCGUCCCUUACUUCAGCGCUUCAAUGUGGAAUUCCGUAUCCACAUUUCAACGGACUUCAAUGCAUUCAUGCGAGACACCCGUGCCAAGACACGUGCAGUGGAGAAGAUUGCCAAUCUCUUUGGGGACAUGGACACAUCCAACAUCGUCGUGAAGAGCAUCGAAGAAGGAUCUGUCGUCCUAACAUGGCACAAUUCCUCUAUUCCUUACCAGCCCUGUCCUCAUGCACUCAUUACUGAUUUGCGCCGUUACAUGCUGAACAACAACGGGACAAUAACCAAGCGUCUCAGCGAUACGUUCCUCCCAGAUUUCAAUGUGACACGGGCUGAGAUGAUUCCCAUCCAGAUCUGUCAAGGUGAAGGGACAUUCAAUGCUCCUGUUCCAUCACCGCCUCCACCACAUGAUCCAGCACCCAGUGGUUCUGAUGAUGACUACCUAGUGACAUUUGUUGUCCCUGCAGUGAUUUGCGCUGCAUUGUUACUCAUUGCCGCCGUCAUUGCAUGCAUUUUGUAUCGAAGGAAAAGAAAGGGGAAUAUGGAGGUCAAUAAGGCAUUCACCAACCGGGGGAUUCCCAUAAUCUUUGCCGAAGAAUUAGACGACACAAAGCCGGAGCCGGCCAAGGAACCGAUGAUACUAAGAGACGAGAAGCCUCCACCGGAGUAUCACCGUGGGAUGUCAGGAACAUCCAGUCCAGCCAUGCGCUCUGAUGAGCCUUCGGAACGCACUCCUUUGCGAGACGACCCAGAUGACCCAGAUCCAGCGUCCUAUCAACCGCCGCCCCCAUUUGCCACUGACCCCAAUCGAAACAAUAGGCCAAAAGUGACUCCGACAUACCGGAAGCCUCCUCCAUAUGUCCCUCCUUGAAUUUCAUCCCUAGGGCACAAAAGCGAGGAGGAGUGAAAGAUGUGAGGAUCUGACUGGUAUUUAUAAUCAGAGAGACAUUGGUCGUAUGACCCCCUCCUAUACUAACUUGGAUCUAAAAGCCAUCAUAAACACGAAAGAUCAUUCCACGCACACUUCAGCUUCCAAGUGACUGUGUGUGUGGAUAGCAUAACUCUAGCUGUUUCAUUGUGAUAUUCUUUGGCUCUUUUUUUGUUAUUUGUUGUCAUUUUUCUUCAUUUUGAUUUCAUUUUGUGAGAUGAAAUGCAUAUCAUGCAAGUCGUGCUGUACCUCACACGAGUCUACUUCCCAACCCUCCCCCUGUGGGCAUUUCUUUGAUACCAGAAUUGUAUAGAAACAGAUUUGAAACCAGCAAUCAUGAAUAAAGUCCAGCUUUUCCUUCCAUCUGA